CUAGUGUGGAAACUCGGCGUCGCGGGAGCUCUCUGAUCCACUCAGGGGUCAAGGCAUCACUGGUCUCUCGUGCGUGUGACCAGGUUUCCGGCGCCGGAGCCUUUCCGAAGCGUCGAGCGGCCUAACGGUCACAGCUGUCGCCCAUCGGGGAGGCAGGACUACUGCGAGCAGUUUUACCGCGACCUCCGGAGGCCGGCGUGACAGGCUCUGUCGCUAAAAUAGGUCUGUCCAGUCGUACUUUUUCCUCACCUUGAGCUUUCCUGUCACGGGAAUACACGAUUUGGCUUAGGGGCUGGGGCUCUCCUGAGGAGAGAGGGUUUGCUUUGCGGGGAAGAGCGAGUUUUGCACUUCGCAGCCUCAAAUUUCAGCCGCGGUGUGGAGGGGGCUGCUUUGGGUGGUCCCCACAGCCUUUCCGGAGUGCCCGCGCGUGUGAGCUUUUGAGAUUUGACAAUUUGUGAAGUGCUUGGUGCUGACUUUCGGGGAUGACAGGAUCCUUUUACAGUCGUUCUCCUGUCAGGGGAGGCAGGUGGGGAGCGAGGAAGGAUCCAGACUUUGUUAACAGAGCUUUGAGUCUAAAGAAUUGACAAACUCCGGAGUUGAUUUCCUGUCAGACCUUUUGCGGUUGAGACAGAGUCUGAGGCUUUGAUGGUAACCGCGUUUGAUUAGAGACCGUGCAGCUUCGCUGUUUUAUUGUAAAUACGUAAAUGAGAAAGAAGAGAAAAACGUAGGGUGUCGGGAGCAGAGGCGGGAGUCGGGAGAUCCUGCGAUAUCGGGGUCCCUGUGGAGCGGGGGAGGCCGUCGAGGUGUGCGAGGGCCCGGCCCCGGCCCCCUUGCCGCACGGUCGUUAACAGGAAAGGCUCUGAUUUGGUUGGUGGCGGAUCGCGUCCCUCCCUCCUCUCCCCGACUUUCCCCAAGAGCGGCAAAGUGGCUUCAGGUUGACUAAAAGAGAGCGAUUUUCCCAGCAGCUUUGCAGCGCGGUGUUUUCUAAAGCGGGCCGUGGGCUGGGUGCCCUUUUGGGCCUCACUUGUCCGGCCUGCGGCAAGUGCUGGGCGAUGGGAUACGGUUCUGGCGGCAAUGGAAGGGCUGCCUUUGAGAGUCUCGAAGGAAGAUUUAGAAAGUGAUUGUUCUUAAAACAAACGGAGCGGUCUGGCUGUUGUAAUUGGCCCCGUUUUUCUGUGUGUUUCUCAAAGUGGUCCCGGCGUGAGUGGUGCUUCAUUGUGAGCUGUGCCUUAUCUGAUGAAUUAAUGGCAGGUGAAAGCCUUGAGCCUCCGGAGCGAAUAUUUACGACUUUUGAAAAUGUCUUUAAUGUCUAAAAAAGUCUCUUAGAAAAGCAGACGGCCUCUUGUUCUUAUGUUAUCAAGAGUUUACAUUUCUGUGGUAAACAUAAGUGAGUUUCAUUUUAAGUAAGCUCAUUUUGCGAGAUUUGAGAUUUGAAAGUGAAAUUAAUUAAUUUUGCACAAUCUAGCCUUGGGCUCUGAGAAAAUGUUGUCAAGCUGUAAUUAAUCUUGUGGGACGAAGUGAAAAGGAACUAAAGUGUAUGGUGUAAUGAAUAGUUUAAAUUUCUGUGGUAAAUACAAGUGAGUUUCAUUUUAAGUAAUCUCAUUUUUACAGGAUUUGAGAUUUAAAAGUGAAAUUAAUUUUGCACAAUCUAGUCAUGGUUGGGCUCUGAGAAAAUGUUGUAAAGCUGUGAUUUAUCUUAUGGAAAGAAGUGAAAAGGAAUUAAAGUAUAUGGUGUAAUCAAGAGUUUAAAUUUCUGUGGUAAAUGCAAGUGAGUCUCAUUUUAAGUAAACUCAUUUUUACAGGAUUUGAGAUUUAAACGUGAAAUUAAUUCAUUUUGCACAAUGUAGUAGUCAUGGUUGGGCUCUGAGAAAAUGUUGUAAAGCUGAAAUUAUCUUGUGGGAAGAAGUGAGAAGGAACUAAAAUGUGUGGUAUUAUCAAGAGUUUAGAUUUCCGGGGUAAAUAUAAAUGAGUUUCCUUUUAGGUACGCUCAUUUUUGUGGAAUUUGAGAUUUAAAAGUGAAAUUAAUUUUGCACAAUCUAGUCAUGGUUGGGCUCUGAGAAAAUGUUGUAAAGCUGUAAUUUAUCUUGUGGGAAAAAGUGAAAAAGAACUUAAAUUUAUGGUGUUAUCAAGAGUUGGCCAGGCACGGUGGCUCACGCCUAUAAUCCCAGCACUUUGGGAGGCCAAGGCGGGCAGAUCACUUGAGGUCAGAAGUUCAGGACCAGUCUGGCCAACAUGGUGAAACCCAGUCUCUACUAAAAGUACAAAAAUUAACUGGGCAUGGUGGCGCACGCCUGUUACGCUAGCUACUCAGGAGGCUGAGGGAGGAGAAUUGCUUUAACCCAGGAGGCAGAGGUUGCAGUAAGCCGAGAUCAUGCCGCUGCACUCCAGCCUGGGUGACAGAGUAAGACUCUGUCUCAAAAAAAGAAAAAAAAGAAAAGAAAACAAAGAGUUUAGACUUCUGUGGUAAAUAUAAGUGAGUUUCAUUUUAAGUAAACUCAUUUUGUGGGAUUUGAGAUUUAAAAAUGAAAUUAAUUUUGCACAUUCUAGUCAUGGUUAGACUCUAAGAAAAUGUCGUAAAGUGUAAUUGUUUACCUUAAGGGAGGAAGUGAAAAGGAAUUAAAAUUUGUGGUGUGUCUACUGUGAACCAGGCAUGAUGCUGAGAGUUUAACUGUAUUUUUGGCCUAAAUAGCCCCGUGAAGUAGAUAAUAUUACAACUUUACCGGUUAGAAAAUUUGAGGCACAGAGAGGUGAAAUAUUUGCCUAAAGUGAAAUGGCAAAUUUGGCAAUUUGGACUUGGAUUCAAGUGUUUAUAACUAUAGCCCAGCUCCUUGCAUCAUGCCCUGGUACCUAAAAGACAACAAUUCAUUUCAGGUGCAAUGUGAAUAAAAAUUACAUGUUAUGACCCAGGCUUGUUGUCUAUGUGCUCCUUGAGACAUAGUUCUGUUGGAUAGAUGUGGUCAAUACUCAAAAGCCUUUGCUGUCUUUGCCAUGCAUUACUCUAAGCACUUGACAUGUAUUAAUUCAUUUAAUCCUCACAAUUCCAUGAGGUAUGUGCUAUUAUCAUUCCCAUUUUACAGACAAAAAAAAAGCACAGAGGAUUUAAGUAAGUUGUUCAACUUAUUUACACAGCUAGUAUGUGGAGGAGGUGGGACCCAAACCCAGGUAUUCUGACCACAAGCCUAAGGUCUUAAUGCUGCUUGAUGCUGCCUCUCACGUAACCAGAUAUGUGUGACAGUUGCGUAGAAGUAUUAAAGUGUGAGUGUUCUUGUAGUUCAGGGAAAGUCAUGUCACAUCCACAUGGGAUGAUCAUUGGCAUGGUGCCCUUGCUUUUUGGAGGUGAAACUUGAGUUAAGCCUUGAAGUUGAAUAAGUUCUCCUAGGCGGAGAUACAACAGGGUAUUAUGGCGGAGGGCAUAACAGGAGCGAGAAGCUCAAAGAGUGCAAGAUUGGUGUUGAUUUGUAUAUGUACCAGAGAUGUAAACAUGUUGGGAGUCCAGUGGUGGACUCACUGCACAGUGCUCCUGUGUCUAGGGAGUUCUCUGUUCUCUGGAUGUAAGAGCUUGUAACCAUUGUCUGCAAACUUGCCUGAAACAGGCUACAUAGUAAAUAUUUUAGGCUUAGAGCUGCCCUCCCUAACCUUUUUGGCACCAGGAACCGGUUUUGGUUUUGUAGAAGACAAUUUUUCCACAGAUGCAGGGACGGGGGAGUGCUAGCAGGGUAUGGUUUCCUAAUGAAACUGUUUCUUAAGGAGAGUGCAACCUAGAUCCCUCCCAUGUGCUGUUCACAAUAGGGUUCAUGCUCCUGUGAGAAUCUAAUACUGCAGCUCAUCUGAUAGGAUGUGGAGCUCAGGCGAUAAUCCUUCCUAGCUCCUGCUGUGCUCCUGACAGGCCAAGGACCAGUACCAGGCGGUUGCCCGGGGGUUGGGGACCCCUGGCUUAGAGUAAAGGGGCAAGUGGUAAGAAGUGACCUCUGUGCAGUGGGCGGGGUCCUGAUUAUGGAAGGACCUUGCAGGCCAUGGUGAGAGUAUGAAUUUUACUGUGUUAUUGAUAGCAAAGGUAUUCCAGGUGAUUUUAACAAUGAAGUAAAGUGCAUAGAGUGUGGUGGUAGACUGCACCAUUUACUAGCUAUGGGACCUGGGUAAAUUACUUAAAUCAAGCUUGUCCAACCCGCCUUAUUUUAUUGUUGUCAUUGUUGUUGUUCUGUUUUGUUUUAGGCUUUUGGCAGCCUGAAGCUAUGCUUUUUAGUUUCUGUCUCUAGGGAUAAGUGGAAAAGAGGGAUGAGGAAGGGGCUUUACUGGCCCAACCAGAAACAAACUAAGAACCCAUGACUGUAUUCUCUCCCUUGGACACCUCUAAUAAACGUUCUUUGCUUCAGUUUCCUCAUAAGGAAAAUGGGGACAGUAAUAGAACCUAUCCCACAGGGUUGUCAGUAAUUUAGCAAGAUAGAAUACCUAAUGAAAGAAUCAAAAGAAAGUACAAAUUAAAUUAGAAAUAAAAAUUUAAAACUGUGGCUUUGCUAAAAAUUCUGUAAUUAUGAUUAAAUGAUUAUCCUUCUGGAUAAAAAUAAUUUGUCAAAACAACUCAAGAAAAAAUAGGAUAAUUUGACUAGAUCAUCAACCAUGGAGGAACUUAGAAAAUGUUAUAAAAACUGGACCCAGAGAGUUUUUUUAAAUAAAUUCAACCCUUUAGAGCACAAAAAUUCUGGUGUGAUGUAAACUUUUUUAGAGUAUAGAAAGAGGUGAAAGCCUUCCCAGCUAAUUUUGCAGAGAAAUUUUGAUACCAAGUGUUAAUAAUAUAUCAAUACAAUACUGAUUCAUUAAUUGUGAGAAAUAUACCAUCUCACUAAUGUAAGAGCUUAGAAAUAGAGAUGCAAACAAUUUCUAAAUAAAACACCAACAAAUUGAAUGUUGUUCUUUAUAGUCAGCUGGACCCCUCACCCCAAGAACAUUAAGAAAUGUAUUAAUAUGUUGCAUCAGUAGAUCUAAGGAGAAAAGUCACUUAGUCAUCUGAUGCCAAGAAGCUAUUUGGUACUAUUUAUUAUCUGUCCUGGUUUUAAAACUACAUGCAGGACCAGCAGGAUACUACCUUAGUUUAUUUUGUAACAUCUGGUUGACCCCAACAGCCCUCCUUAGUGGGAAGAAGUAGAGGAGGAUUUUCAAACAUGGAGACCUACUCAUUGUUUCUACCUCUAGGAAUUUAUCCCAUAGAACUACUUGCACAGGUGCAAGACUGUUCUGCAGUGUUCUUUAUAAGGGCAAAACUUUAGAAGUAACUUGAAUAUCUAUGAAUUGGGGGCUGUGUUUAAUAAAUCAUGGCAUAUUUACAAGAUAGAACACCAAGAAGUCAUUACAGUAACUACAGUAGACCUAAAAGUAUUGGUUUGGAAAGACUCUUUCCACCACAGGUUAGUUUUGCCUGUUUUUGAGUUUAAUAUCAAUUGAGUCAUAUACUGUACUCUUUUGUGUCUGGCUGUUUUUAAACUCAAGGUUAUGGUUGUGAGAUUCGGCCUUGCUGUGUACAGCAGUAGUUGGUUUAUUCUCAUUGCUGUGAAGUUCCUUUGUAUGAAUAUACCACAAUUUAAUUACUGAUAGCUUGUAUAAGUUUUAUAGUCAGAAAACUCAGAUAGUUUAAAAAGUGAAAUUUGAUUGAAGUUACAGCUCCAAUUAGAGAUAUUUUAUAACUUGAUACUUCUAUGCAACAUUAGUCUGCAUUUAUCUAACUCGAGUUAGCUCUCCCAUCUUCUUUAUCCCCUUUUUAUUUCUCUCUUUUGGGUUCAUGGUCAUUAGUAUCUCCACUACAGAAUGAAAGGGAAACAGGAAAGAGAUGAAACCUGAAUCCCUUAAUUGUGCCUCUCAUUACUGCUCUGGCUCAGGAAGAAUAAAGUGGGGUAGCUCUUUCAUUAAGGUACCCUUCCCAGUAACUGUGAUGCAGACAUUCAAAGCAAAUCUCUAGUACAAGAUAUAAUCUGAUACUGUUGCAGCCAAUGUUUUCUAGUUCCAUAGUUAAGUGGCUCAGAGCCAUAACCAAAUCUUCCUAAUUUUAGAUUGUUUGGCUUACCUUUCACAUCCAUUUAUUUAGGUUUAAUAUAAAAUUUAAUAAGGCAAUCCUAACUUGAAAGUUGAAAUGGACCUUAGAGAUCAUCUCAACUGGUGUUCGAAACCUGGUGGAUGAGGAGGUGGUGUCUCUCCUGGUCUGCCCAGCCUACAUAGUGGUGGGGACCCAAUCCAGAAUAGACUCCUGGCUUACAUUUUGGAGGCAAUGCUUUCUCCUUAGUCAAGAGCCUUUUGGAGCUCCUUUACAAAAGCAGUUAGCCCUUGCUUGUUCAUUUGUUUGCCCUUCUCUUGUUCAUUUGUUUACAGCAUUUACUCUGUAGGCUUUAAGUUACUAAGUUACUUCACAGUUUGUAAUUGUGUUUGAUUUGAUUCUUAUUUCUAGUCAUGGGCAGUAUAGCCCUUCAGUUUUAAAAGAUUUAUUCUAAAUUGGCCAUGGAAGAAUUCUGGUUUUGUCACUCUCUAAAAUUCAACCCAAAGUCCAAUUCUAUUUGAGUUAGCAUUCUGAGAGUAUAUCCAUAUUAUUAAGGUAGUAAGUGUAUGAAGUAACUUUUUUAUGCGUUGCUUUUCAGGAGUAGAGGUUUACCACUCUUAGGUGACUAAGCAGUAUCACAAAUAAACCCUCCAGCAAGUUUAAAAAUAAUUAGGUCCAACUCAGAGGAAGUGGAGUUUCUCCUGUUGCACAAAAAUGAUGUCUAGCAGCUCCAGUGAAAUCGAUGUGGUUUGUAUUCAAAUUGAAAAUCUGUCUUUGUUCUUUUUAUUGUGCUAUACUUCUAUUCUAAAUUUAAUUUAAUUUUAUACAGUGAAAUGCAUAGAUCGUAAGUAAAUUUUUGUUAUGUAUUUUAACAGUAAUAUAUAAAGUUCUUGUGACAAUUUGUGUACAAGUUUCUUUGUGAACACACACUUAUGUUCCUUUUGGGUGAACAGACAGAAGUUGAAUUACUAGGUCAUGGAGUUCAUGUAAAUUUAACUCUGUGAGAAUCUGCCAUACAGUUUUUCAAAGUGGUUGUGCUGUUUUUACAUUUCUGUUAUAUUCUUCUGUCUUUCUUAAUCCUUCAAGUUGAAUCAGUAUGUAGAUUAUUAAACUAUAAAUAAUAUGGCUUAACAGAAAACAUCUUUUUUUGUUACAUAAGCACAUAGAUAUUAAUGCCACCUAAGUAGUCUAGGCAAUUCUCUUAACUACUAUCAGUCCUAAUGUUUUUCAAAAAUCUUUGGAGAUAAUGUUAACUGCCUACCAAGAGUCAUUUUUCUCUGACAUAACUAUGUAAAAGCACUUUGAAAAGCAUAAGGCACUAUACAAGGGUAAGAUAGUAUAUUUUUAAAAGUACUAAACUGUAACCCAAUUCCAUAUGUUUUUGUGAUUUCUAUCAUGUAUUUUGAAACAAAAACAUACAUAACUACCAAGUAUAUUUGUUAUAAAAUUAUUCCCAUAGUUCAUAAUUCAUUCUUAGAAUGAAGAGUUAUUAUACUGAAAUGUAAUGGUUAUUUACUCCUUACUUAUUUAUACCCUGCCUUAUUUUUUGUAGUUUUAAGGUACUUUAGAGAUUAAUUUAUCAAGAAAAGCAGGUGCUCAAAUAUUUUCUAUCUUGUCCACAGAGGGGCACUGUUGGGUUAUUUAGAAAUCAAAAACCAUGUAACAUUUAUUUCUUUGUUCAUAGUUAGAAAUACUUGCUUUUAAAGUAGUUCUGGUGCUAAAGGACUAGUCUUUCUACCAUGAAGCAUAUAAAGGGUUAAGCUCAGUGAAAACUGUUGUCUUAAGUGUAGUUGGGUUAAUGAGAACACAGUUCUGCAAAUACAUCUUUUCACGUAGUCAUAGUAUUUACAAUGAGCAAAGGUCCUUUGAUAUCAGAAAUAGGCCUUUGUAACCUCUUGAAAGUGAAAUUUAAACCCUCAACUUUUCUUUUAGUUCUGUCUUUCAUCUUUCCUUUUAAUUUGUUGAUAAAUCUUCCUCAGGUAAAAACAAGAAUACCUACUUAUGAUGAAGAUGACGACACUAUUCUUUAUGCAUAUGAAACAAAACCUGAUUUUGUCAAUAAACAGGAACCGAAUACUGUAUCUGAUGCAUCCUGUAAUACUGAAGAGCAACAGAAGACAGUUAAUGAUAUCCUUAUCCAUUGCCAGGUUAUAUAUGAUGCUAUGCAAAACCUGGAUAAGAAGAUUGAUGUGAUUCGUAGAAAGGUUUCAAAAAUCCAACGUUUCCGUGCGAGAUUCCUGUGGACAAACCGUAAGCGAUACGGAUACAAAAAUUAUUCUUACCAGCUUGCUAAAAAGCUGAAACGCCAGAAAAUGAAGAAAAAUGAGGUUUACGAGUCAUUCUCCUACCCUGAAAGUUAUAGCCCCACUUUACCAGUGUCAAUGCGUGAGAAUAAUUCCCCGAGCAACCUUCCAAGGCCAUCCUUUCGCAUGGAAGAAUACCAGCGAGCUGAGCCGGAGGAGGACCCGAUCCUCAGCCGCACUCCGAGUCCAGUGCAUCCCUCAGAUUUCUCCGAGCAUAAUUAUCAGCCGUAUUAUGCAUCUGAUGGUGCAAUGCGUGGUUCUUCAGGGCCCUGCCUUGGCAACCCUGGGGCUAACAGCAUCUACAACACUUACUCGACUGACCAUGCUUCUGCAGCACAACCUUCAGGCUCACCAUUUGAAAAUGACCGUUAUAUAGAGGAAGGAAGCAUCACUAAGCACCCUUCAACCUGGUCGGUGGAAGCAGUGGUCCUAUUUCUAAAACAAACAGAUCCUCUUGCAUUAUGCCCUCUUAUCGACCUCUUCAGAAGCCAUGAAAUUGAUGGGAAGGCUCUGCUCCUACUCACAAGCGACGUGUUGCUGAAGCACUUGGGGGUGAAGCUGGGAACGGCUGUGAAGCUAUGCUACUACAUUGACCGACUUAAACAAGGAAAAUGCUAUGAAGAUUGAAAAAAUCCUUGUGCAAAUUUAGAUUGGGCCAACUUCUAGAGGAACCAAUGCCUUCUUAGUGUAGAAUCAUUUUUCUGCCCUUUAGUCGUUUUUGUUUUGUAGAAAGUAUCACUCAAAAUAUAUUAUAGCUAGAAUUGUAGAACUAUGUUAUAGUCCAGUCUACUUCUUUAAAAACCAUUUAACUGCUAGAUAGUAUUAGAAUAGUCCAAUAGGAAAUUCAUUCUUCAUAGGUCUUUAAACAUUACUUUUAUUAUAUUGUUUACAAAUAUAUUUCAUGCAAGCAACAGAAAAACAAAACCAAAAAGCAAAAAAACCUUUGAUUCUGGUUCAUCUCGAUACAGAGAACCAAAACAGCUAAGAGAGGUAUUAUCAGGGGUUGACAACUUCUAUGAUUGAAUCUAUGGGAAUUAUUCCCCAGAAGAGAAUUUAAAGGUAUACCCAUAGAUAUCUCUUUCUGGAGUAUUUUAUCUGUCUGAUGUUGCAGUGUUCUACCAGUUUCCAGAAAGAGAAUAGCCAUAUAAAUUCUUUUCCUUUCUGCUAUUAUUUCUCUAUAUGUUUUAUUUAUUCAGAUUUAGAGAAAAAAA